GCCCCUGCUCACCACACAAGUUGGAACACGCGCUCGCGGCUGCUCACCCACCGAGAAGAAGCUCCAAGCGGCAGUUGAAACAUGGCGUUGAACGGUAGAGCUGUCACCAGUCAACAGAGGGCAACAACAACCGCUGUCACGGCCGUAUCGUUUCUCUGAAAGUCAGCUACGGAUUACCUGCUGACCGCUGAAAGCUAACCGGAACACAUUUAUCCGCAAUUCAUCCUUUUCUGCCACUUCUGGGUAUUCAACGUUACAGUCAGAGUUUAGAUACGUUUACCUACAAUUUAACCACAAAAUGAAAGUCGACCUAUUUAGCUAACCAACGUUCAUGUACUCGGUGGGCGCUAGCUAGCUAUCGAUCCUGUGAAGCCUUCAUCUAUUUGGGUUAACUCCGUGUGCACUCAGCUAGCCUGUCUAUAAUAACAAGACAUGAUUCAGUGAACUGUUGCCGUUUAUAUGCUCAGGUCCUGUCAGUUUAAACUCACACGAGCGUCAUAUGCCAAGUGUGUGUAUAUAUAUAUUAUUAUUUUUACAAAAGCGUUAGCCAAAUAGCGGUGAGAAAAUGUCAGACAACCAGAGCUGGAACUCGUCCGGUUCCGAGGAAGAUGCAGAGCCCAGAGAUGAGUCUGGACAUCUUGUUGGUAUCGUCGACCUGAGCGGAGUCCUCAGUAAGUGGACAAAUUACAUCCAUGGUUGGCAGGACCGCUGGGUGGUUUUGAAAAACAACACACUGAGCUACUACAAGUCCCAGGAUGAGACCGAGUAUGGCUGCCGGGGUUCCCUCUGUCUCAGCAAAGCUGUUAUUACUCCUCAUGAGUUUGACGAGUGCCGGCUGGACAUAAGUGUAAACGACAGUGUGUGGUACCUAAGAUCACAAGACCCAGAGCACAGACACCAGUGGAUUGACUCCAUCGAGCUGCACAGGGCUGAUUCUGGAUAUGGCUCAGAGUCCAGUCUGCGGAGACACGGCUCCAUGCUGUCUCUCACGUCAGCCACCAGCGGCUUCUCCGCCACCUCCACCUCCUCCUUCAAGAAGGGUCACAGCCUGAAAGAGAAGCUGGCAGAGAUGGAGACCUUCAGAGAUAUCUUGUGCAGGCAGGUGGACACGCUUCAGAAAUACUUUGAUGGCUGUUCAAACGCCGUGUCUAAGGAUGAGCUGCAGAGGGAUAAAAUCGUGGAGGAUGAUGAAGAUGACUUCCCUAACACCCGGACUGAUGAAGAGCUGCAGCACAACAACAACAACGGUAGCAAAGAAAAAUUGUUCCAGUCCUUGAGUCCCAAGGGAAUCAAUGGAAUAGACUUUAAGGGCGAGGCCAUCACAUUCAAGGCCACCACAGCCGGGAUCUUGGCCACUCUGUCCCACUGUAUCGACCUCAUGGUGAAGAGAGAAGACAGCUGGCAGAAGAGGCUGGAUAAGGAGAUGGAGAAGCGGCGAAGGAUAGAGGAGGGCUAUAAAUCAGCCCUCAAUGAGUUGAAGAUAAAGUCUCACUUCGGAGGUCCAGAUUAUGAGGAGGGUCCAAACAGCCUCAUUAACGAGGACGAGUUUUUCGAUGCCGUUGAAGCUGCUCUCGACAGACAGGACAAAAUAGAAGAGCAGUGUCACACUGAGAAGUCGAGGCUACAGAGGUCCAGCCCAGUCCCCCCUGGAGACGUCUAUUCCAGCCCCGGCACACACAGAUUCUCUGCCAAGGUGGAGGAGAUGGUGCACAGUCACAUGACCUACUCCCUGCAGGACGUUGGUGGAGACGCCAACUGGCAGCUGGUUGUAGAAGAGGGAGAAAUGAAGGUGUACAGGAGAGAGGUGGAAGAGAAUGGGAUUGUCUUGGACCCGCUGAAGGCCACACAUUCAGUAAAGGGGGUGACUGGUCACGAGGUCUGCCACUACUUUUGGGACACGGCGUACCGCAACGACUGGGAGAGUACUAUCGAAAACUUCAACCUUGUGGAGACAUUGUCGGAGAACGCAGCGAUUGUUUAUCAAACGCACAAGCGCGUGUGGCCUGCAUCUCAGAGGGACGUGCUGUACGUGUCUGCCAUGAGGAAGAUCUUGGCCAACAAUGAGAAUGACCCAGACACCUGGCUGGUCUGCAACUUCUCUGUGGAUCAUGACGACGCUCAGCCAUCCAGCAAGUGUGUCCGUGCAAAAAUCAACAUCGGCAUAAUCUGUCAGACCCUGGUCAGCCCACCAGAGGGCGAUAAGGAGAUCAGCAGAGACAACAUCCUGUGUAAAAUCACCUACGUCGCCAACGUGAAUCCAGGGGGCUGGGCUCCUGCCUCCGUGCUCAGGGCCGUGGCGAAGAGGGAGUACCCCAAGUUCCUCAAGCGCUUCACCUCCUACGUCCAGGAGAAAACUGCUGGCAAACCCAUCUUAUUCUGAGGUGCACAGUGCGGAGACAAAAGGACAGAACAGCAUAUGAGGCUUGGAGGACCCAGUAUCUUCAGACUGACUGCUGCUCUGCCGCCGUCACCAGACGAGUUCCUUUUAAGCCGUUUUCUCCCUCGCAGCUCUUAGCGACAAGUUACUUCCAGUAGGGGACGAAGGGUCACAGUGCUGCCCUCUGGUGGCUGCAUUCAAACCCCUGUGAGACGAGCCCUUGACCUCCGAGAGAUAUUUAUGUAAAAGAAUAUUCUUGAGUUAAAACCUGGCAGUGAUCUCAUAAUAAUUCCUCAUUUCGAGAGAAACGACUGCUUGUUUUCUCCCCUUCUCUGUGAUUUAACUGAUAAAAUACUUAGUUGCUGUUUAUUCAAAAGGAGAUUCUUGUGAGUGUCAGUAGAGGGCGCUGUUCGUCUCUGGAGAUGAAUGCACCCAGCAGGGCCCGGCAUCUUUCAUGCUCGUGUAGAAGGCUGCCUCGACUUGUCUUUUUUUCUUACAGAUAUAUUAAUAUAUAAAUGUAUGUAUGUUCUAUAAGAAGAUUGUAAAGAGAAACAGAUAUUUGCUAAUAGAAUGAAAUAUUUUAUUGCCAUUUAUAGCUCCUAUUUUGUGUUGAUUGAUUUCAUAGUUAGUCAUUUCCCAGCUUUCUUUCUAAGCUGCUAACUUUUGCUAGUAAGACGUCACUGAUUACGUCCAGAGGGCUGUCAUCUACCCAUGAGCCCGACGAUAUAAGACUUAACCUCUUCGACUCGGUCCCUCUCAUGAAAACACUCGCUGGUGCCGAUGGGGGGACGAGCGGAGAGGAGUUUGUCAUAUAUUUAAUGUACAAAACAGAGUUCAUGUACAUUGUUUGCUCGGCUUUAUAUUUGUGUUAUUGUAAAAGGUUAGUGUUAUACAGCACAUGUCUUUGAAUGUUUAAUAAGUUUGUAAAUAGUGUCGCUAACAUUUCUCUGAAGGUCGGAUAGUUUCCGUGACUUGAGUGGAGCCCAAAUGCCUUAGUGUGAAGAGAAUCUAGCUUCAGGUGCUGCGAGCGCACAUAUGGAAUCACUAGUGAAGUGCCUCGUGGCUGAGUUCCCCCUGUAAUCAUCUCCUCCAGGAGUCAAUUUAAAUAUAUUAACUGAAUGAACCAGUUGACAAUUAAUUUGGGUUUUCCCCACAGAGGGCUUGCAGGAUAUUUUUACAAGUUGUAAUAUUAUGAAGACUUGAGAUGCAUUUCAUCAACACUGAGUCACAUGUGCCGGCAGUACAAGCUCUGAAAGUCCAGAGUUUAAGAACCUGAUUUUAUAGGAAAUAAUUACUUCCAAUUCCUUUUUAUUAGUCUGUAUUUGCUCAUCCUGUUUACAUUCAAGCAUUUCAGUAAACAGUGAAGCGGUAACUCUGGACUUACAGUUGACACAGGCUGAUAUGGAACAUCAUAAAACAUGUUUUUGUUGCUUUAAUAAAUAAAGUAAAGCAUCAGUAACUACAUGAAUACAUUUUUGGUACCUUUUCCACCAGUGGACAGCACAAAAUGUUUUUGUUCUUGGGUUGAAUCUAUGAUGGAUUUGUAGCUUUAGUUUCAGUCUCCACUUGAACCUUACAGCAGAAUGAAGUGGGUGAGAGUGAAGCCAUAUGAUACUCGGCCUCUCGGCUAAGUGGAGAGCAAGGCUGAAGCUCUGACACCUAAAGCAGACAUUUCUAAUUCGAGUUCAAACCUGAAUGUAAUUAGAAAUACAUUUGUAAAUAAUUUGUUCAUACUAAUGCUGUGGGAUCAACUUACAUAUGUACUGUGACAGCGUUGCACUUCUGCCCUGUUUAAAAAGUGAAAUAAAUAAGUUUAUCCUCCA